AUGGCAGCUAGAAAUAUCACUUUCAUCAGCGACUUAGACAAUAUGAGGGAUGAUUACACACUAAAAGGUACAAAAAUCAGAGCCAGUGUCUACCGAAAAGAUUUCCAAAGGUUUGACUCCAAGCUGAAAGAAGAUGACGCUAUUUACAUCCGAUCCCCCACUAUAGCUCCAAACAAAUACACUUUUAAAAUAAGUGAUGUAACCUCCAAGUUAAACUUGCAUGGACAAACAACUGUUCAUGAGUGUCUUGGUUUUCAAUCCAAAACAAAAUAUGAGUUUUGUUUUGUAUCGUUUGAAACCAUUAUCUCUGCGACAACUACAUCUAAUAUCUCAAUUGAUGUUAUAGGUGAAGUUGUUUCGUUAGGCAAGCUGGAUUCCCGUGAUGUUAGCAAAUCGAAACAUAGGCUAACUUUACAAAUCAGAAACUUAGAAGGUUUGCAAGUUAACGUCACAUUGUUUGCAGAUUUCGCAUACCAAGUGAUUUCUUAUCUUGAAGCUCAUAAACAAGUUGGUCGUGUGGUUAUUAUUUUGCAGUUUGCAAGACUUAAUGUCUAUAACGGAAUUCCUUCUGUUAACAAUUAUUUUGAUCACACACGUAUGUUCAUAAAUGCUGAUCUUCCCGAAAUUGUGGCCUUCACAGAUAGCUUGGUUGGAUUACGAGGAAUUCAAAACCCUUCUUCUUCUUUGACUUUUGAUAGCUCUCAAUCAUACAAUGAAUAUGAAGACUUUUUGAAUAAUCACAAAGUUAAAAAUGUUGUCGAUUUGCUAGAACCACAAGAGGUCGGGAAAUUUAUCAUUGUUGGUACAAUUUACGGUAUACGACAAGAUAUUGAUUGGUAUUAUGAUGCGUGUUCAAACUGUGGAAAGAAAGUUGAUCGAAGAGAUGUUUUUAGCGGUCCAGAUAGUGGUGAUGCAAGUGUGGUUGUUGAAUGCUCUACUGAUAAGUAUAAAAUACCUAUUCGUGUCCAAGAUGAUUCUGGCACAAUCACACUAACUCUGUUUGAUAGAGAUGCUUAUAGACUUGUCAAACAACGUGCAAGUGAGCUCAUAGAGAAAAUCAAACAGGCAGGUAAUUCUGGAAAUCCUGAUGAUACAGAAAUCGCAUCUCACGAAGCAUCUCACGAAACGAAGUCGUUGAAGAUACUAACAAUUAACAUGGAUGUUUACAAGACUAAUAAGAAGAUAAAAUUAAAUAAUUUCUAUCUUGAUAAUACAAAACAUAUACCGAUGUACACUACAUCAGUCGAUCAAAUUCUAUCUUCUACAAAUGUUAGUAACCCGGGUGCUAACGGAGUUGUCCAUCGAAGUAAAAACGUAUCCGCAUCUACAUCAAGUGCCAAUGUUUCAAAAAAAUCAAUGUUACCAAAUCAUCCUUCACAUUUAAAUGUUAGAACUCCUUUAUCUAACAUUUCCAAUGUCAUGGAUAUUUCCAAUAACAGUUUUCAAUCACCGUCAACAAACAUCAGCUUCGAUUCAAACGAAACAUUCAAAGGAGUGGUCAAUCGAAACAAAAACGUAUGCACAUCUAUGUCAAAUGGGAAAAUGUCAAAACAACCAAUGUUACAAACACCUUCAUAUUUAAAUUUUAGAACUCCGUUAUCUAACAUUUCCAAUGUCAUGGAUAUCUCCAAUAACAGUUUUCAAACACCGUUACCAAACAUCGGAAUGGAUUCAAACGACAAAAUCAACGGAGUUGUUCGUCGAAAUAAAAACAUAACCUCAUCUGAAUCAACUGCAAACAUGUCAAAACAAUCAAUUUUACAAAAUCCUCCUUCACAUUUAAAUGUUAGAACUCCGUUAUCUAACAUUUCCAAUGCGAUGGAUAUUUCAAAAAACAGUUUUCAAUCACCGUUACCAAAUAUUCGACAAUACUCUGUAAUUUCAAAUGGUGACACAUCAAACAACUCAUCUACAGUAACAAAGAGAUCAUCUUCAGUCAUGUCUACCAAUCCUAAUCGUAAUAAAAACAAAAAAAGGGCAAAUUUAUCUCCUAUUCCAAUAAUUGGUUUGACAUCCGAUCAAGACAACAACGAUGGUCAAAGUAAUCAAAACAUAUACAACGGUAUAUCAAAAGAUUAUUUGGAUCAUGGUGAUCAGAAUGUUGUAUGCCAAACAUGUUUUGCAAAAUUAUGGAAAGAUGAAUCUAUCAAAUGUAGAAAAAAGGAUAAUGAAAAUUAUUCUCUAUGUUGUGGUUAUGGCAAAGUUGAACUUCCAGAGUUAAAGAAUGCACCUCCAAGUUAUGAAAUUCUUUUUAAAUCUGGAGAUUCUAAAAGCAAACAUUUCAUGAAGAACAUUCGUUCGUACAAUUCUAUGUUUUCUUUUACGUCGAUGGGUGGCAAAAUUGAUUCCUCAAUCAAUAGAGGCAAUGCUCCAUACAUUUUUAGACUUAGUGGUCAAAAUUAUCAUAGUAUCGGAAGCCUUUUACCAAAUCAGGGAUUUAAACCAAAAUUCUCUCAGUUGUACAUAUACGAUACUGAUAAUGAAAUCGCAAAUAGACGAACAUGCUUGGGUGGAGAAAAUCAACGAUCUACAUCAAAUUCUUCUGUCCUUGAUGAUGAUAUUAUACAAGAUUUGAAAUUGAUGUUAGAUUCAAAUAAUGUCUUGGUUCAAUCUUAUAGGAUGGUUAGAGAUUGUUUUAAUGAAAAUCCUUGUGCUGAUAUCAAGUUGAGAAUUAUUGGAAGAAGGGACCAAGAUGGAAGGACAUACAACCUACCGUCUGCUUCUGAGGUAGCAGCUUUGAUUGUUGGAGAUAUUGGUGAUUCAAUUGAUAAUAGAGAUAUUGUUGUUCAAACUUCAUCUGAGUUGACAUACCACAUCGAGGUAUUACAUCUUCAAGCAACAGCAAGCGGCCCAACUGUACAAUGA